UCUUCUGCUUCUCUCCUCUCUGGAGAGGAUCUGUUAUUCAUUUUCCUUUUGAUAUGGCAAUGCCUUUCUGUUACUUUUACUGUAAAUAUUUGCAUUAAAAUCUGUCCCUAACCAUGGAGUGAAGGGAAAAUAAAUUUCAGGAAGAGAGCAGAUGAGAGGUGAUAUGGUGGGGAAAUAAUGUGCGCUUUCCCCGAAGACUGGAAAGCACAUCCAUUUUAAGUCCCACUGUGUCCCAGUCAAAACUAAAGGUUUUAAAUCCAGUCAUUGUGAGUAUAAUGAAUAUAAAAGCCUUCUUUUAUAUCGUAUCUCUUGAUUCAUCUUGCCUCCAUAAAACCAAAAGUAUUUCUUUAGCAACACAAAAAGAAUUGGUUUGGUGCUAUUUCUGUUUAAUUGUAGUGCUGUGGAGAAGAGCUUGUUCACAAUAUAAACAGGCGACCAGCAAUGAGGAUCUGCCCAUUCCAAUGGAAAAUCCUUAUAAAGAACCUCUUAAAAAAUGCCUCUUGUGUGGAAAACGUGUAGAUUAUAAGAAUGUACAGCUUUUGUCCCAGUUUAUUUCUCCAUUUACUGGAUGCAUUUAUGGAAGGCAUAUAACAGGUCUUUGUGGGAAGAAACAGAAAGAAAUCACGAAAGCAAUUAAGAGGGCUCAAAUAAUGGGGUUUAUGCCAGUUACAUACAAGGAUCCUGCGUAUCUCAAAGACCCUAAAGUUUGUAACAUCAAAUAUCGGGAAUAAAUUAUAUAAAAUUAUUACCAGUAAACGUAUUUUAUAAUAAAUGGUUUUGUGGUGCUAAUACUGAUUCAGAUUAUAAAAUUUAACCUUUGGGUAGAAAACUAAGAGGUAAGUUAAAUCUUACUGUAUUAUUUAUUAAGAAUUUCUGGUUGAAGAACUUUGAAAUUUUAUGGGAAAAAAGUAGUUUCAAGAAUGAGAUGAGUAAAGCUUCCCCUCCAUACCAGUUAAUGUUCAUUGAAGAAAACAGGUCACAUACUUUCUAAAAUGUUAAUAUUCAUUACAUUUUACAUAUCUUGAAUCAGUAAAAUUGGUACUGUAUGGUGUCACAUAUCUGGUCUCCACAUAGCUCAUACAAUAAUCUACCACCGAUACUGGCAGUGAUGCUGAUAGUAAAUAUGGGAGGUAUUGCUUGUGUUGGAAUUUUUAGGCCCAGACUCUGUCUUAUAAAUGAGACAUUCAUAGGUGCAGGAAGGUGGAAUGCAUAUAUAAUGUAUGUAUCCCAUGUGACUGGCUGUGGAGUUGAAAUAGCUCUGAAUGAUUCCCUAACUAGCAAAUAUGUAAGUAUGACUUGAUAAGAAUGAGUCUUUUUGUAGAGAUGUUACUUGGGGGAUGGAUAGUGGUGCUGUCACAGAAGGACACAGCAUUUAUUCUCGGACUGUUCUAUUCUCAAAUCAAUAGUGUGUCCUUUGAAAUAAACUGAUAAUUUGUAUGUAAUCUGUUAUCAGUUAUCUCAUUCCAGACAUACAAGCCAAUUGCCAAAAGAUAGACAGUAACUGGCAAAAAAAAAAAAAAAA